AAUUGUCCUUCAGCUCCCAUAUGCCUUUGCUACAAUCAAAGACAGAGACUCGGAGGUGAAGUUCAAAAUCCCUGGAAGCCCUGAGUUUGAGCAUCACCGCUUUGGACUUCAACUCCCAGAAGCCUCUGCUUCAAUAGUCAAUGUACAGAGACUCAGAGUUGAAGUCCAAAACAGAGGGCGGUAGAAAUGCAUGUGUUCGGCGUGAUCAGACAAAAGCGUGAGGCGCAUGCGCGUCCUGCCCACAACAGAUAGAAGAGGCUUCCUCACUCCUGCGAUUUCGAACUCGCCUCUUUUCCCGCCCAGGGGGCCGUGACGUAGGACAGCGCGCGCGCCGAGGCCCUGCCCCUUUUCGCUCCUCAUCCUUUCGCUUUCCUUCUCGGCUUCCGGCGCUUUCUGAGGAGAGCCGGCGAGGGAUGUCCCGGCCGAGCAGCGUCUCCCCGCGGCCUCCGGCCCUCAGCGGGCCCUCCAUCUCCAUGGCUGCCUCCACCUCCUCGGCCUCCUCCCGCGGUGGCGGCGGCCGGUCCAAGGGGCUGAAGGACAUCCGCAUCGACGAAGAGGUUAAAAUCGCCGUCAACAUCGCCCUGGAGCGGUUCCGAUACGGAGACCAGCGAGAAAUGGAAUUUCCUUCAUCCUUCACAAGUACUGAAAGAGCAUUUAUUCAUCGAUUGAGUCAGUCUCUUGGUCUGAUUUCUAAAAGUAAGGGGAAAGGAGCAAACAGAUACCUAACAGUGAAGAAAAAAGAUGGAUCAGAGUUGGCACAUGCAGUCAUGACAUGUAAUUUGAUCCCAAACACAAAACAUGCUAUUAGGAGUCUUGUACAGCGCUUUCCUGUCACCAAUAAAGAGCGCACAGAGCUUCUGCCAAAGACAGAAAGAGGAAAUGUGUUUGCUGUUGAAGCUGAGAACAGAGAAAUGAGUAAAACAAGUGGCCGACUUAAUAAUGGCAUUCCUCAAAUCCCGGUGAAACGUGGAGAAUCAGAAUUUGAUUCAUUUCGCCAGUCUCUACCAGUUUAUGAAAAGCAAGAUGAAAUUGUUAGAAUUAUUAAAGAAAAUAAAGUUGUUUUGAUUGUGGGGGAAACUGGAUCAGGGAAAACUACACAGAUUCCUCAGUUUCUACUUGAUGAUAGUUACAAAAAUGGAAUACCAUGUCGCAUAUUUUGCACUCAGCCAAGGCGUUUGGCUGCGAUUGCUGUUGCUGAAAGGGUUGCGGCUGAAAGAAGAGAGAAGAUUGGGCAGACGAUUGGUUAUCAGAUCCGACUGGAAAGCAGGGUUUCUCCAAAGACACUGUUAACAUUUUGCACCAAUGGUGUACUACUUCGUACACUAAUGGCUGGAGAUAGUGCACUGUCAACUGUAACUCAUGUCAUUGUGGAUGAAGUUCAUGAGAGGGAUCGGUUCAGUGACUUCCUAUUAACGAAGCUGAGAGACACAUUACAGAAACACUCAUCUUUGAAACUGAUCCUCUCUAGUGCUGCUCUGGAUGUGAAUCUCUUCGUCAGGUAUUUUGGAGGCUGUCCAGUGAUAUAUAUACCGGGAAGACCAUUUGAAGUAAAAGAGAUGUUUCUUGAAGACUUAUUGAGAACCACAGGCUAUACAAAUAAAGAAAUGAUCAAAUACAAAAAGGAGAAACAGCGAGAGGAGAAGCAACAGACAACUCUGACUGAAUGGUAUUCUGCACAAGACAACAGCAAGCCAGAACUACAGAGACAAAGGGCAGUCCUGAAUGUAGCUGAAGAAUACGAUCUCUUGGAUGAUGGUGGUGACACAGUUUUCAGUCAGUUGGCUGAAAAAGAUGUCAAUUGUCUUGAACCUUGGCUAAUUAAAGAAAUGGAUGCUUGUCUUUCCGAUAUCUGGCUACAUAAAGACAUUGAUGCCUUUGCACAAGUCUUCCAUCUUAUUUUAACUGAAAAUGUCAGUGUUGAUUACAGACACAGCGAGACAAGUGCAACAACUCUAAUGGUAGCUUCUGGAAGAGGUUUCUUGAGCCAAGUUGAACAGUUGAUUGGUAUGGGAGCAAAUGUUCACAUCAAAUCAUCCAAUGGCUGGACAGCAUUGGAGUGGGCUAAACAUUUUGGACAGACAGAAGUGGUUGACCUUCUGGAAUCCUACUGUGCUUCGCUGGAGUCUGGCAAUCUAGAUGAGAGUUCCUUGGUCCAUGCCAAUGCCAGUGAACUUAGUGUUGAAGAUCAAGAACUUCUGAAGGCUUAUCAUCAUAGUUUUGAUGAUGAAAAGGUGGAUCUAGACCUGAUCAUGCAUCUACUUUACAAUAUCUGUCAUAGCUGUGAAGCUGGUGCAGUUUUAAUUUUCCUUCCUGGAUAUGAUGAGAUUGUUGGCUUACGGGAUCGCAUACUAUUUGAUGACAAGAGGUUUGCUGAUAAUGCUCACAGAUUUCAGGUUUUUAUGCUACAUUCAAAUAUGCAGACAUCUGAUCAGAAGAAAGUUCUGAAGACCUCACCUCCAGGCAUCCGUAAAAUAAUACUUUCUACAAAUAUUGCAGAAACCAGCAUCACAGUUAACGAUGUUGUCUUUGUGAUUGACUCUGGAAAAAUGAAAGAGAAAUCCUUUGAUGCAUUGAACUGUGUAACUAUGCUAAAGAUGGUAUGGAUUUCUAAAGCUAGUGCCAUUCAAAGAAAGGGCAGGGCAGGACGUUGUCGGCCUGGAAUUUGUUUCCGACUUUUCAGUAGACUAAGAUUUCAAAAUAUGCUGGAAUUUCAGACCCCAGAACUUUUGAGAAUGCCCCUACAGGAACUGUGUUUGCAUACAAAAUUGCUGGCUCCCAUCAAUUGUCCAAUUGCUGACUUUUUAAUGAAAGCUCCAGAACCACCACCUGCUUUGAUAGUGAGAAAUGCUGUGCAGAUGCUUAAGACAAUAGAUGCUAUGGAUACCUGGGAAGAUCUGACAGAACUUGGCUAUCAUUUGGCUGAUCUACCAGUAGAACCUCAUCUUGGUAAAAUGGUGUUGUGUGCCGUUGUCCUCAAGUGCCUGGAUCCUAUUCUGACCAUUGCAUGCACUCUUGCCUAUCGUGAUCCAUUUGUGCUACCAACACAGGCGUCUCAGAAACGGGCAGCCAUGCUAUGCAGAAAACGAUUCACUGCAGGAACGUUCAGUGACCAUAUGGCCCUUCUCCGGGCUUUCCAGGCAUGGCAGAAGGCACGAAGUGAUGGUUGGGAAAGAGCUUUUUGUGAGAAAAAUUUCCUAUCUCAGGCAACAAUGGAGAUUAUCAUAGGAAUGAGAACACAGUUACUUGGACAACUCAGAGCAUCAGGAUUUGUUAGAGCCAGAGGUGGUGGUGAUAUAAGGGAUGUCAACACAAAUUCAGAAAACUGGGCUGUGGUUAAAGGUGCCUUAGUAGCUGGAAUGUAUCCAAAUAUAGUUCAUGUUGAUAGAGAGAACACUGUACUGACUGGACCAAAAGAGAAAAAAGUCCGAUUUCAUCCUACCUCAGUUCUUAGCCAACCUCAAUAUAAAAAGAUUCCUCCAGCUAAUGGUCAAGUGGCAGCUAUUCAGGCACUCCCUACUGACUGGCUUAUAUAUGAUGAAAUGACAAGAGCCCACCGAAUUGCCAAUAUCAGGUGCUGUUCAGUUGUAACUCCAGUCACUGUGGCACUCUUCUGUGGAUCAGCUAGGUUGCCAAGCAAUGCUUUACAAGAGCCUUCAUCCUUCAGAGUUGAUGGUGCUCCCAAUGACAGCAGUGACAGCGAAAUGGAAGACAGAACAACCGCUAACUUGGCUGCACUGAAACUGGAUGAAUGGCUCAAUUUCAAACUAGAUCCAGAGGCAGCUAGCCUUCUCCUUCAGCUGAGGCAGAAAUGGCACAGUUUAUUCCUGCGACGGAUGAGAGCUCCUUCAAAGCCCUGGUCUCAAGUGGAUGAGGCCACGAUACGAGCCAUCAUCGCAGUGCUGAGCACUGAAGAACAGUCCGCAGGUCUACAGCAGCCUUCAGGAAUUGGGCAGAGACCAAGACCAAUGUCCUCUGAAGAACUUCCCUUAGCUUCUUCGUGGAGAUCAAACACUAGUCGGAAAACCUCCGCAGAAGCAGAGUUUGCUGAUGAGGCUUUUAAUUCUGAGAGAAAUCCCCCCAAAUCAGCUUUAAGUUAUGAUAUAAAUAAAGAGCAGAAUAAUACAGUAUUAAGAGUCCUCAUGAAGUCUGCAUCUCCAGCAUUUCACCAGCCAUUGAAAUACAAAGAGAGAAGCGUAUUACAUCCUAAACGAAGUACAGAGGACAGGUCCGACCAGCAGAUUUCACAGAUUUCAUCAUCUGUGAAAUCUACUGAUAGCAGUAGUUAUCCCAGCCCCUGUGCUAGUCCUUCUCCUCCAUCAUCUGGAAAGGGCUCCAAGUCUCCUUCUCCAAGGCCAAAUAUGCCAGUUCGGUACUUUAUUAUGAAAAGCAGCAAUCUUAGGAACCUUGAGAUUUCACAACAGAAGGGAAUUUGGUCUACAACCCCAAGUAAUGAGCGAAAACUAAACCGAGCCUUUUGGGAGAGCAGUGUUGUUUAUUUGGUGUUUUCUGUUCAAGGGUCAGGACAUUUUCAGGGUUUUGCUCGCAUGUCUUCAGAGAUUGGACGCGAGAAAAGUCAGGAUUGGGGCUCUACUGGUUUAGGGGGUGUAUUCAAAGUGGAAUGGAUCCGAAAAGAAAGUCUUCCCUUUCAGUUUGCUCAUCAUUUACUCAACCCUUGGAAUGACAACAAGAAAGUACAAAUAAGCCGGGAUGGCCAGGAACUGGAACCUCAGGUUGGUGAACAAUUGCUACAACUGUGGGACCGUAUUCCUUUGGGAGAGAGAAACAUGGCUGAUUGAAAAUACAGUCAUUCAGAGUGCUUUCUUUCUUGAUGGCUGCACCUCAUGUGAAAUCAACAAUCUGCUAAAAUCACAACUACGGCUACAUAGAAGAUAUGCCAGAAUGAAAUAGGUUGACGUGAUUCAAUGGCCAAAUGAAAGAUAUGCCAGAAUGAAAUAAGAUGAAGGAAUUCAAUGGUGCUCUUCUAGUACAGACUGGGUUUCAUGCUGUGUUUUAUGUUGAAAGAAAAAGUACAGGUUGCUCUUAUAUUCAUAAAGUAAUCUCUUGACUAUUUCACUUUGAAGUGUCAAAUGCUAGGGCCCCAAAAUAGACUGAAGUCUCCGGCAAACGUGGAAUACCAUUGUUAUUGUAAUAAAUAUGUGGAAGAAUCAAUCUGCAAGAAAUGAGGAAAACUCAUCUUCUGAGUAGUAUCCUUUUUGAGUACUUUUCAGGGAAAAUUAAUCCAGGUACAUCUUCAGAGUGUGAAGAUCACUGAACAGCUUCUAUUACUGGAUUUACACCAAGUAGAUACAUUUGUGAGCAGAAUAUCCUCCCCUCAUAUUAAAUCCAUUUCAAGCUAGCACAUUGGAAAUUUUUGUGAGAAAACUGGCUUUCGGGUAUGUAUAUUUUCAUGUCCAGUAUAAAGUCACAAAAAUUGGCAUUGAGUUUUAUUUGUUUGUUUGUUUUCUUCUGGUAAACUAGGAAUAGAGCCUUUGGUAUUGAAAAAACACACACGUUGAAGAUUCAUUAGGCAGUGACUGCGUCAGAACAUUUCCUCCUGCCCAGUACUAUCUAGUUGCUUUUUAUCCUUUGUGAUACGAUUUUUCUGAAGAGCUGUCUUUUGUUACCCCCCCCCCCCCCGAUAGAUGUAUACUUUGCCUGUAUUGAAUCCCUCUCCUGUCAUCUUUUAAAGUAUGUUGGCUAGUUCAGUAAUUCAUCAAGAGCAAGGGGGAAUAUCAUAUUGAAUUGGAACAGAAACAAUAGUUUUAGUUUUUAAGUUGCAGUCAUUUAAUUACUGGGCAGUGAUCUAAGAUAAUAAUGUAAAAAUUAAUAUGAGUUACCUCUACAAGCCACAAAGUGACAGUGGGAAAUAUAUUCACAGAACACUACAUUAGCAUUUAAACAAAGAUUCUGACUAUGAAUUUACUGUCUUCACAUUCAGUUGUUGAAUAUUCCUGACAGUAUGUGGUUGAAUUGCUCUGUCCUUUCUUUAAGCACUCUUGUUAAAUUUUACUGACUAAGAUCUAAGUCACUUAAUCUGUUUACAAGUUCUGGGUUGGUAGUAAGAUAAUCUUUAUAAUAAAGUUGCUUUUUCAUCAGUAUCUGGUAUUUUUUGAAAGAAUUUGAAACUGCAGCAGAAGAGCAUUCAGAGAAUUCUGUAUUGAUUUCAGAUUGUAUUUCUACCCUUUGAUUGUUAAAUUGCAUUCAUGGCCUGUAGUUUGUAUGUAGCAACAGUAACUACAUUGUUCUAAUUGUUUUGCUGCAGUCAUUAUGGAUAACCACAUAGCAAUAAACUUUAAUGGCAGCUUUGACACUGGUAGAAAGCAA